AUGACGCAAAAUAGGGCUAAGUGGACAACAAGGUAUGAGAAAGGUCUCGUGGAGGUACUUACAGAGUACAAUCUAUCUCAUUACCGUGGCCAAAAUGGGUGGACUACCGAAGGAUGGAAUCAAGUUGUCAAGGAACUGAACAAUUUAUAUCCAGAGGCAAGGUUUACCAAGGAUCAGGUUCAAGAUAAGGAAGCUCAGUUGAAAAAGCACUACAAAAAUAUCAAGUUGAUAGUCAACCGCUCUGGAAUAUCAUGGAAUGAUAUUGCAUGUGUGAUCAACACCACGCCUGAAAAAUGGGAAGAGAUCAUUGCAGAGGACCCAAAGCUCAAAAUGUAUGAAGGAAAGAGCUUUCCAUUGUACGAGGCAUUGGGUGUGCUCUAUGAAGGACACAUUGCGCAAGGAAGACACUGCCUCACAUCAAGGAAGCCUCCGAUUGGCACAAAAACAGGUAGCAACUUUGGAGCGAAGGAUAAGAUGGUUGCAAGCACUAGCAAGAAAAAUACAAGACAUGGAAGAGAUGACAACGUAAGGACUUCUUCAAUAAUUGACAUCAAUGAUACUCCUACAUUAGAUGAUGUGGAUGAAAGAGAGAACACUGUCAAUGACGAGGAAGAAUUAGCCAGUGAAGUUGCUGAUGGCGAUCAACCACAAAUAAGUGAAUCAAGUGCAAAAGGAAAAAAACUAAGAAACAAAAAGGUGCCACAUCUGUACAGCGGCUUGAAGAUUUCAUGA